CGGCAACGCCUUGACGGCUCGUCAAGCUUGGCAGGGACGUCGCUGAAAUCGGUCCGCCUGCUGCGGAAACCCCGGAGGCUGAGGAAGACAGGCGACCGGCUCCCGCUGAGAGCGAGCCAUGCUGGGCCAGGAGGGCGGCCUCUCGCUGGCCAUCGCCCAGGUCGUACAGCGGCUGAAGCGCUCCGGCCUCCACGCCCAGCUGGAGAAACAGGCCCGGCUCUGUCUACACAAUCCAGAGAUUAAACUAGAAUCUUUGAAGGAAGAUAUUAAAGAAUUUCUGAAGACCUCAGGAUGGGAAAAGAAGCUGCAAAAUGCUGUUUAUAAUGAACUCAGUGUGUUCCCUUUACCAUGUCAUCCAUCAGCACCCCCAGAACACAUAAAAGAGUCUUUGGCUUACAUGAGAAAAGCCCAGGGCAACUGGGAAAAACGAAUUCUGAAGAGCCUAAAUAGUAUGUGCACUGAACUCGGCAUUCCUUUAGCACAGAAGAGAUCAAUAAAUGAACAAAAAGAACUUCUCAGUAAAUGGAAUGAAAUGGGAACAGAUGAACCAGAUCUCAGUCUUUUUCGGCCUGUCUAUGCACCUAAAGAUUUUCUUGAGGUAUUGAUGAACCUUCGGAAUCCAAAUUAUGAAAGCAGUGAGCAACCCAGUUUUAGAAACCAUUUGGGUUUAAUCCAGGUUCCAUUGAAAGUGAAGGAUAUUCCUGAACUAAAAGAAUAUUUUGGUGAGCUGGACCUGAGCACAGGUCAGAUGGAUAUUGAUGAUUCUGCAAAUGUGCCCCCAGAACUUUUUGAAAAUGAACAUUUACGUCUUGGUCAAAAAGUUCUGAUUAAGCAGGAUAGUGCUGCAUCUCAACAGUAUGUCCGACAGGGAUGUCCAACUUCCUUACGAGCUGAGUUGUGGGCACUGAUUUUGAAUAUUUCCAGUCAACCUGAGGAUAUUUUGUACUAUGAGCAGCUGAAGUCUAAUGUGAUACAACAUGAUCUUUUGGUGGACAGUCUGAUUUAUAAAGAUGUGAAGCUUACAGCCAGCAAUGAUGACUACUAUUUUGUGUUUGAGGAUUAUUUAUAUCAGGUAUUACUUUGUUUUUCCCGGGACACUUCAGUAUUGGAUCAUUUUGAAUACAAUAGUGCUACGCCACCCAAGUCAUACAUUCGAGGGAAACUUGGCAUGGAAGAAUAUGCGGUUUUUUAUCCACCAAAUGGUGUAAUCCCUUUUCAUGGCUUUUCAAUGUAUGUUGCUCCACUUUGUUUUCUGUACAAUGAACCUUCCAGGUUAUAUCAAAUAUUUCGAGAAAUAUACGUCCGUUAUUUCUUCAGACUCCAUUCCAUCUCUUCUCAUCCUUCUGGAAUUGUAUCAUUAUGUUUAUUAUUUGAGACUCUUCUUCAAACUCAUCUACCACAGCUAUUUUAUCAUCUUAGAGAAAUUGGAGCACAACCUCUAAGAAUAUCAUUUAAAUGGAUGGUACGUGCAUUCUCUGGUUAUCUAGCAACGGAUCAGCUCCUGCUUUUAUGGGACAGAAUUCUAGGAUACAACUCUUUGGAAAUCCUUGCUGUUCUGGCAGCUGCAGUAUUUGCUUUCCGAGCAGUCAAUCUAAUGGAGGUGACAUCACUGGCUGCAGCUGAAGCUGUACUUGCUGAUCUUUCAACGCUGAAAGUUAUGCCUCUUCUCCAAAUUUUUCUUUUUGCCACUGGCACUUGAUUUAUCUCAUAGUCCCUGGACUGCAUUGCAACCCCUGGAUUGCAUUGCUAAACUUCCAUGACAUACUAAUAAUAAACUAUGCAACACUUCCAUUGAACUGAACUCAGCCAUUAAUGAUCAUGUUUUUGCAAGGAAUUAAAUCUGUACUUUUCACCUCGAAAUCUGCCUUUCUAUACCACUUAAAUCCACUGCAUGUAGCUGAGUUUUUGCCAAACUGCUACUACUGAAUAUCGUGCAAGUCAAAUAUUUUCCUGUUUAUUAAGUUCCAUAAUAUUAUUUAAAUGUAUGUAUUCUUCUGUGCAACAAGAAGGCACCAUAAUGCUGGAGAGCAUGUCUCCAGUAAUUAUAAUACGUUAUCCAGUAAUGCCAUCUCUCAUCUUAUAAGUCCUACAAUACUUGAAAAAACAAUACUUAAUUUAAAAGUAUUUAUUUUUAAACAUUUACUAAACAAUCCUAGGAAAGUCAUAGCAAUACCUUUGCAGCCUUUCUAUAUCAUUUCUUGUUUGAAGAGCUUCUUAUUUUAUAGUUCUUGGGUUGAGGCAGAUGUUUUUAGAGAACUUGAAUAUGGGAUGAUGAAGGCAUCAUUUUGCCUUGGACUAGCUGGUUCUUGCAAUUUUUGAAACACUACAAAAUCUGUAAAAUGUGUCUUUAUUAAAGAUGACAGCCAAAUGACUGGUAACAAUCUCCUGCCAUAGUAUCUUCAGUUUUCAGAAAGAAACUGUGUCUUCACUGGUCUUUAGUUAUUUCCUCUCACCUUUUCUCUCAUAUUCUUUCUGAUCAUGCUUUGAAACCCUUGAUAUGCCUGGGCACAGCUAUCUCCCAAACCCAUCGAAGCCUGUCUGUACACGAGCCAAAGCAGUUGCUUGUGAAUGACGUCAGUAGUUCGCUCUCUCUUAACUCCCACCUCCUCUUUAGAAGCUGAAUGUGCUGCCUUUGCUGGUUUCCCAGUCCCUGCUGGUUAAGGAACUUGUGUGUCAACUCACAGAGGCCAAGCUCGUGUUCCUAUGUGACUUGAAUUGUGCUGCUGUUAGGGCAGAUGAUGUUUGACUGAUGAUGAGUUGUUUCUACCUUUCCUCCAGGGAGUCCAGUAAACCUUCUUAAAAGCCUAAUUGAUUACUAGAUAAUUCUAAUUUAAUCACAUACAGCUGUCAGCCAAGAUUGGAUGUCACGACAUUCUUCACAGUAAAGCUGUAUCACUGAUGUGCCAUGUUACUUUCAGCCAAUUUGUGCCCUUAGGUUCACUUCGUACUUGCAAUUCCCAAUGGUUUAAAACUGCAACUUGUCAUACUUCUUGAUUAAGGUGAAGCUGCAUUGCCCCAUUCUGUUUUGUUGUAUUCAGUAUUUAAAUCUAUUCAAACAUUUAAAGACCUUUGUGUAUGCAUUUUGAUCUGAUACACAAAAUGUUUCAGUAGCACACAUAGUGUUUCAAGAGCGGCUUGCACCAAAAAUUGUAAGUGGCAAACUAAUAUAUGUCCGUUUUGCUGAAAAUGUAUUAUUUCUAAGAAUUGUGUUUAAUUAAAACAAUUGACCAAACAAA